AUGUCAGAAAAUACAGAAUAAAUAUUAUAAACAAUAAACACAUAAAAUGCACCUAAAGCUAUAGGACCUUAUUCACAAGCAAAAGUUGUUAGUGAAAAAGCAAAACUUUUUUACAUUUCUGGAUGUAUUUCUAUAGAUCCAUAAACAAAUUAAUUUGUUCUUAAAGACGAUGUAAUUGGUUAAACUGAAUAGGUAAUGAAAAAUUUAUGUGCUUUAGUUGAAGCAGCAGGUAGUAAUUUAGAUCAUGUUGUUAAAUGCAAUAUAUAUUUAGAUGAUAUGAAUAAUUUCUAAAAAGUAAAUGAUGUAUAUGCUAAAUAUUUUAAUGGUGAGAAUAAACCAGCAAGAGCUUGCAUUGCAGUUAAAGGUCUACCUGCAGGGGCAAAGGUUGAAAUAGAAUGUAAUGGUGUAGUACCUUAAUGA